GUAGAACAACAUGGCCGACUGAGGAAUUAUUGUCAGGGGGAUUACGAACAUAGCUUGAUUUUUCGGCAAAUUCGGUGCAUUUUGCACCUUUAACAGUAGUGCGAACUGAACAACAAAGGAAACAGGAGAUCCUGACUACUUAUAACCCGAUUGUGUAAGAAGCUGCUUUCUCUACGAGCGAAGAUUCUAUCAGGAGUAGAAGAUAAGGUGGAGGAGGAACAAGAUGCCUCCCAAGUCGAGACAGACUCAAAACCCUAACAGACAGGCCUGGCAGUGGGCGGACACCACGGAACCCGCCAGGAUCUCACAACAAAACGUAGAGACGGCCUACAGAAUCAGACUCAAGGCUUGUCCCAGGGAUGGCCGGAGAAACUGUAAGAACAAUCCCAACUGUCUUGUUGGUCUGGGUGAGUCCCAGUGGCUGGGGGAGAUUGACGAUGAAGCGUUCCAAGAGAUAGAGGACCCAAACAACGAGAGGAGGGCUGAGGGUUCCUUUGUUGGCCUAAAGAACCUGGGAGCCACAUGUUAUGUCAACACAUUCCUGCAGGUGUGGUUCCACAACCAAGAGUUCCGCUCAGCCAUGUACCAGUACCUGGAACCUGAUAUUCCCAAAGGCGACAGGAGAACCAGAAGUCCUCCAAGUUCCCCUAAGAAGACCUCGCCAGUUAAGUCAUCACCCCCCUCUCCGAGGAAACAGACUGGUUCUGCCCAUGGGGAGGAUGUGGUAUCAUCCACUACAGGCUGUCUACAGGGAUCCCCCAAGAAAGACGGCUCCCCUCCCACAUCCCCGAAAAAGCCGCCCCCUCCCAUGGAGAAGGAUGAGGACUUGAUGCCGACCACUGUGUGUGGACAUCUGCAGUUUAUCUUUGCCUUGUUACAGAACAGCAGUCGCAGGUACAUAGAUCCAUCAGCCUUUAUUCAAAGCCUUGGGCUGGACACAGCUUUGCAACAGGAUGCACAGGAGUUUUCCAAGCUACUGAUGUCUCUGCUAGAGGACAGCACCAGGUACCAACCAAACCCCUGGGUUCGAGAUAUUAUGCAACAGUUCAGAGGGCAAUAUGCUUAUGUGACAAGGUGCAAUCGUUGUUUCCAGGGCUCGUCUCGUCCGUCCCAGUUCUAUGAGCUGGACCUGAACAUUCAGGGCCACACAGACCUGAGCCAGUGUGUAGAGGAGUUCUUACAGGAGGAGAAGCUGGAGGGGGAUAACCAGUACUUCUGUAGUUUCUGUCAGAGUAAACAGAACGCAGCCCGUCUCAUCACACUCCUGUCUCUGCCUCGGGUUCUUAACCUGCAACUGCUGAGAUUCGUUUUUGACAGGAAUACUGGACACAAGAAGAAGCUUAACAACUAUGUCAGGUUCCCAGAAGUGUUGGACAUGAGCAGGUACCUGCGAAAGCCAGAAAACGAGGUUGUGUACGAGCUGCAGGCAGUUCUGAUCCACCGCGGGCACAGCGCGUACAGCGGGCACUACAUCGCUCACAUUAAAGAUAAGGCCAGCAGCUGCUGGUACAAGUUCAACGAUGAGGAGAUUCAGAAGAUGGAGGGGAAGAAACUACAGCUGGGCUGUGAAGAAGACAUUGAGGGAGGCCAGAAGCAACCUAAGAAGCCCAAACUGCAGAAAGGAAGUCAUGCCUCCAGAAAUGCCUACAUGUUGGUGUAUAACAGGAGGAUGCCAGAAGGUGAGGUUAUAGGUGACCCCCUGCCUGUGGAAACAGCCAUUCCUGACAGGCUGAUGCAGAUGGUCCACAGGGACAACCAGAAGUUUGAGGAGUGGGUCAGGGAGAUGAAGGACAUGAGACAACAGAGUGUAGUAUCAGGGAAGGCCAGGCAUCAGGAGAUUACAGAACUGUGUGACCUCAUGCCAGCUGAGGAGGGAGAAACAUAUGAGUGGAUCAGUACAGAUUGGCUGAGGGAGUGGCUGAGUGAAUCCAACGCCCCUCGCGGGGUGGACAACUCCAAACUCACAUGUACUCAUGGAAGGGCAGACCCACACAAAGUGUCUGAUAUGAAGAGAAUCAGCAAACAAGCAGCUGAGAUGCUUUAUUCUAAGUAUGGUGGAGGGCCACACUUGUCAGAUGAUGCGUCCCUGUGUUGGGAGUGUGUGAGACAAACCUGUGCACAGUUACAUGCCAAGGCUCGGGUGGCAGAGGACCACAAGUUCAUCACCAGUGCCAACAGGGAGAAGGUGGACAGGAACAAGGCAUACUGGGUGGGGAAAGAUUCCCUGAGAGUGUGGAGACAACUGGCCAUGGAGAAACUGGCACCUGACUCACAGGGCCAGGGGAACGGGGAGAAUGGCACACAGGCAGACGGGAGUGAACCCACAUCCUCACAAGGUACGAAGUCCUCCCAAGGCAGUAACCAUGGCAGCAUGGAGAAUGGAGAUGAUGACAUCACAAUUUUUAAUGAGGACAUCAUCUGUGAUCACGGCAACCUCCUACCGGAUGAGAGUUGUCGCAGACUGGUGUCUGAAGCCGUGUGGAGGAGACUCCAGGCCUACUUCACCAACGUACCCGGGUUCAGGGGCAGCCAGAGUGUCUGCCAGGCCUGUCUUCUGAAGGACAAAGAAGGUGAGCAGAGAGAGGAGCUCCAUAAGCUGAUGGCUGCAGAACAGAAGGCUGCUCUGCUCCAACUGUACCAGGACAAGAACAGACCUGCCUGGGACAAGAAGCAAGCUCAAGAGUUUUACAUAGUUAGCAAAGUCUUUGUGGAGGAAUGGAGACAAUUCAUCAAGCAACCGUUGAGAUAUGAUCCAGUUAGUAACAUAGGUAACGUGUCGCUACUCUGUCCGCACAUGGGUCUGCUGUACAGACCAGAACUUAUAGGAACCGACCCUUCCAACCCCGGAUUACUAGUGUGGCCAGCUGAGUGGGCCAUCAUCUCCAAGACAUUCCUGGUGGACCAUACCAUUAGAGUUAUUAGGGAGGAUGUGGACAGGCUAGUGUCAAAACCAGCGCUGUGUGAGGAGUGCCUUGAAGCGCGGGUUCUCCAGGAGGACCAGGAGAGGAGAGAGUACUCCAGCGCCACCAUCUACAUCAGGAAGAUCACCUCCAAGGAGGAGAAGAUGGCCAGCCUUCAGCGGGCGGAGCUCAACUUGUCAUCAUCCGAGGAGGAGAAUGAUCCAGACUUUCAGCAGAUGAACACUGUUAAGAAGAGGAAAAUAGCCAAGGAAGUCACAGCAAACUGCACGGCUGCUGCAAGCAUCAACCAGGUGCGGCGCAGCUCGCGCCACCGACGCACACGGGGGGAGAAACAGUUCACCAUCUCAUCUGGACAGACGUUACGCGACCUCAAGAUUCAGGUCAUGAAUGCCUUCUCUGUGGCUCCAUUUGACCAACACCUCAUUUUGAACGGGCGCAUGCUGGUGGACGACGUGGCCACCCUGGGCAGUCUGGACGUCAUACCAGGCAGCGUUCUGCUCCUGAAGGUGGACGAACCUGUCGAGGACCCCAUGAUGAUUGAAGACUUUGCUAAAGCAAGUGUACCAGAAGAGGGAUUCAAAGGAACUGGCUUGUUGGGUGUCAGGUGAAAACUAUGUGGUGAGACCAUCAGGCAUUCAGAUGUCUCUGUCGUCAAGAGAGUCAAGAUUUAUUUUUCUAUGGAAAGCCAAAGAUACUAUCAGUGACUUGAACUGCAACUUGUACAUGUCAUUCCAUGUGUAUAACCUAGAGACUGUGAACUAAUAGGAUAGCAUUAAAGUGCAACAGUAUAGAUGAUAUGUUGACAUGGCAAGAAAGUAGGUGAAACCUUUACAUGACAAGAAAUAAAGAGAUGCAAAUAUGUUGACUGUUAUAUGUACAAUAGUGUAAUACUAGAAAGUUCAUUUUUCUCUAUUUUUUUACUAUGCUCAUGUUUUUCCUUUACUCUAAGGUCAUAUAUGACAAAUG